AUGGAGGGCCUGCCCACACUCGUCGUGCCUGAUGACCCCGAGACCGGAGUCAUCGAGCGGCCCAAGACCCCGCCGCCCAUUCAGAUCGAUGAACAGCGCUUGCUGAGCACGACGGUGCAUCUACUGGCCAAAAAGCUGCAGGCGCUGCCCAAUGCUCCGGUGGCACCCGAGACAUUCGAGACUCCGCAGGGUUCAGCUCGGGACAAUCCGCAACCUCCAGGAUCCAAGCAGGCCACUCCACGACAAGCAACAGCCCGAAAUGACCCUCAGCCACCAGGGUCGAAGCAGGCCACGCCUCGGAAUGACCCUCAACCUCCUGGAUCAACGAAAGCGACACCCAGGCCACCGACUAUCAAUGAGGGCCAGCCGGAACAGUCGACCAUCAGCGGAAUGCCGCUUGAUGCUGCAGUAGAUGGCCCUGAAUUAGCCCGGCCUCAAUCGGCCCACGCUGCGUCAUUGAGCAGUAAAGACUUCAAGGCCAUGGCCAAGCUCGCUGCAGCGGCAGCCAAGCUUGAUCGUCUCGCAGCAGGCAACAAAUCCGUGUUCGACGCCAAUAUGAGCGACAUCGCCGCCUUGGGUAUUGGAAUGGAGCUCUAUUUUCUGUUGAUCAAGUACCUGGGCUGGGCUUUCCUGACAAUGGGGAUCGUGUCACUUCCGGCCAUCGUUGUGAACUACUACGGCGACGGUGUGACGGCCAAAAUGGUGGAUCCACUGCAGCUCGCAUACGCUUCGCUCGGAAAUCAAGGCGUGAACCCGGAUAUUGCGUCCGAUCCGAAGUUGUGUCUGCCUCUCGGAGAAAUCGACUGUACCGGGGUGACAGUCAACACGCCGUUCACGACGGACCCCCAAAAAGUGGCUUGGAUCGUGACCUCCAGCGAUGCGAUCUACUCUUUCGUGUUCCUGAUUGUGUAUCUGCUCUUCCGUCGCCACGCGAAGCGAGCAAUUGAUGCUCACCAGAACGAGCAUCUUACGCCCGCCAAGUAUGCAAUUUGCGUGCGGGGUUUGCCUCCAGACUCCACCGCUCGGGAGGUGCUGGAACACUUCAACUCGCGUUAUGAUCCGACUCAAGAGGAGAAGUACUUCCCGUUAUGGCUCGGGUGCUGCUGGGCAAGACGGCCGCGUAAAGUCAAGAACUCCCUUAGCAAAGGUGCGGUCAAUUGCAACGUCGUGACUAAUCUCGACCAUCUCUGGCAGCCAGAUAAGCUCAGUCAGCGCGAACGUCGCGAGCAGCAGGAAAUGUAUCUGGGCACGUGGAUUGCUGAAGUGAGCAUUGCUCACCCGACGGGAGGGUUGCUACGAACAUUCCUAUCCAUGGAGGUGUUAACCCGUAAAAUCUCUGAAGCUCAAGCGCUCGUCAACAUUCUCACGCAGGACAAGGAGCAGGCGGAGAUCGCACUGCAGAAUUGGACGCCACCUCCUGGCAAGCGGAACCCAAAGAAGCCCAAGUCCGACUUCAAACCAGCCGACGAACGCUUACUGCAGGCCACGACGAAGAAAUUGGAACGGCUUCAGGCUGCUAUGACCAAGAAGACAAGCAAACUCAAGGCUCUGAAGCAAGCAAACCGCCAGUGGCAAGAGCAGCAAAAGCAGCUAGCGGAUGAAGCAGCAAAAGCUGCGGCCGCUACAGGUGACGCCGCCACUGCUACUACGACAGAACCUAACAAAGCGAAAGCCAAGCCAAAAGCCAAAGCGAAGAGCAACAAGACUCCUGACGCUAAGCCGUUCGACUUGAACGCAUGUGAGUGCGCUUUCGUGGUGUUCAACAACUUGGAGUCACGUCGUCGCUGCUUACAGGACUACCGUCGUUCGAAUCAAUGGCUACCGAAGAAGUUCCAGCCCAAGGCACUUCGCUUCCGUGAUGGCAAAUUCCCACUCACAGUGCUCCCUGCCCCCGAACCGUCCAACAUUUUGUGGGAGAACCUGGAAGUAACUUCUCGCUCGCGACGGAUUCGCCGCAGUUUUACCAACUCCGUUACUUUCGUGCUGUUGCUGAUCUCUGGUGCGAUCAUCUCUGCAGCCCAGUCAGCUCAGCAGACUUUCAAGGAUAAAGCACCACCCGCGGGACUGUGUGAAUCCACGUUACCGGAGAUUUUCUACGCUAGUCCGGACUUCUUGACGGCGAAAACUACGUGGGAUCUUGAGUGGAACCCAAACGCUACGUGCACUCCAGGGGAUAGCGGCGAGGACCGCUAUCACAUCGCGUACUCGAACGGCAUCAUCAACCCCAUUACGGUUCAAAACCCGACAUCCCCGGUCAGUGAGUUGAAUCGAUGUGUGGAUCCGUGCGUGUCGGAGAAGUCGAGUACAAAGUGCAAUACGCUCGCGUGCUUUGACGGCGUGACUCGUGAAGAAACCGGUGCAGACUGCGAGACUUACACAGCCAGCCACGUCCUCUAUUGCCUCUGUACAGCUCAACUACAGACAAGCAUCUCCGAGCUCGGGCUACUCAGUGGGCCUCGAAAACUUUGGGAGACGUAUAUCCCCUGCCGUGGAUUUUUGACAGAUUUUAUCGGCAAGAACGCGUUCAUCGUGGUGGCGUCGGCUGUGGUUGUGAUCGUGAACAUCGUGCUCAAGACCGCACUACGUGCCUUCGCGUCCUUCGAGCGACACACGAGUGAGUCAGCUAAAGCUUCAGCCGUGGCUCUGAAAAUGUUCGCAGCACAAUUCUUGAACACUGCUAUCAUCGUGCUGGUAGUGAACGCGGCACUGUCGUUGAGUGCUGUGCCAGUCAUCGGUGAGCUGCUCCGGGGAAAGUACAGCGACUUCCAGCGUGAUUGGUACCCAACUGUGGGCAUGGGCGUGACGAUGACAAUGCUGAUCAAUGCCAUCAUGCCGCAGGCCAUUCUACUUCUGCAAGUGUGUGUCAUCAGCCCCUUGAAGCGCUGCUUAGCACGACGAGGUGUGCGUACACAGGAGAAGAUGAAUCAGCUGUACGCUGGGCCAACGUUUGACCUGGCUGUACGGUACCCGAUGAUCCUCAACUCGGUCUUCGUGACUCUCGUGUUCUGUGGGGGCUCUCCCGUGCUGCUGUUCAUCGCGGCAUUGGCCUGCACCGCUACGUUCUGGAUCGAGAAGUUGUCGCUGCUGUGGCUGUACAGCGUCAAGACUGCGUACGACGAAGCUCUGGGUGAAACUGUGCUGGGUUUGUUGCCUUGGGCUUUGGCGGCGCACCUCGGGUUCUCGUCCUGGAUGUACGGCAACACGGACUUGUUGAAGGCACCGACGUUGAAGCUUGGCUGGGUGUUUGAGCUGCUUGGCUUGAGUACUGACGGUGCCACGAACACUGAGGAAAUGUACAACAAGCUGGUCUUGCAGGCUGCGUCGAUUGAUCCUCUCGGACAACAUGGCUUCAUCGUCAAAGUUCUGCACGUGAACGUGAUGCUGAUGUUCAUCAUGUUCGUGCUGGUGCUAGUGGGAAUCCUCCUAUCUGCUGUCUGGGUGGGUGUGUUGCUUCCGUUGCUGCGCAACACACUCGGCAAAAUCCUCGUGGCUUUUUGGCGUCGAAUUCGUCCGAUCUUCCGGUUCUGUCGGUGCCGGUGCUCGUGUUUCUGUCGGCGACGACGGAAUGCCAAACCUCCGAGUGGAGGCCGAUCGGCCAAGGUGGCGGCCGAUAUCGUUGUCACCGAUAUUCCGACAACAGCUCCGACCGAGCCUUCGAAGCCUAAAACUCCCCGUUCGGCUAGACCAGUGCCGACUGAAGUCAUCUUGCCGGAGUUCACCGAUUUCUUCCGCAAGUCCGUGGGCCCGAAGUUCCGUCCCGACGCCAAGCUUGGCUUCAAGCGCGACUCCAGCCGACCGUCCGAACUCGUUCGCCACUGGCAAGAGGAGACGAUGAGCAACGGAUUCCACCGCAAGGCUGGAGACCCCAUGCGGACGUGGGAGGCAAUCCAAGCCCCCGUCAAGACCUCGUGGCUGCGUCGAAACGUGCUCUUACUAUUGCUGAGACUCCGGAGACUCCUUCCAAACCCGAGAUUGCUGUAG